AGAGCAACUAAAAACAACAAACGUAUUACUAGAAACAGGCUUCCAGCAGUUAGUCAGCCAAAGUCAGAUAGACAUAACAGUGUCGCGCGCAUACAUACAAUUUUGCGAAUCGGCCAUAUUGGUGUUUUUGUUUCGUGGCUAUCGACUUUGCAAGUAGAGGGCAAACAAAGGCAAUCAGUAUUAACGCAAAUACAUCUAUGAGUUUGUCCCUACACAUAUAAAAGUUCUUAACAAAACACUGUAAAACGCAACAAAAGCAACAGUCGCCACAUUAACGACAACAAUAACGAAAAAACAACACGUGAACACGAACACAAGCAAGUUCAGCUAACAACAGGCAAUAAAUGUAGAUGUGUGUGGCUGCGUGCAAAUAAUUGAAUUCAAGAGUUGGCCAUCUUUUCCAGCAUCAAAAGUGGACACUCCUCGAAAAAUAUUUUUAUCUAUUGGAUUUAUUUUCCAUCGCAGAGUGCAAAAAGUCACGUGCAUCAUUCAAUUAAACUAAUUAUAAUUGCUAUGUCGACAGGAUUGAAGGUACUCCUAGAUGCUGCUCAGUAUAUUGAGCAUCAAGAGAAACUAAAGAGAUCUCCAACUACUGCCUCAAAUGGAUCUGUCGGGGAACCCUAUAUUAAUCAAUGCUCUUUGGGUUUUGAUAUAGCAAAUGGUGUUCGCAAUAACAACAAUAAUGUUAUGAAUGCAAGAAAUACACGAUCCACUACGGAUUUGGUUAAAGUUUCCUCUUCUGCCCCAACUGCAAGUACUACGUUUCAUCACAUUACAAACGGGGUGAUCAUAACUAACAAUAACAGUUCUCUUACUGGAAGCCAACUGCUAGUUGAAAUGAAACCUAGUCAGCGUAAGCAUAACAACAACAGAACUAUGAAUGAGUACGAUGGAACAAUUGAAGCCUUGAAAGCCAGCCCAAAAAUACUAAAUUCCUCCAAACAGUUAUCAAUACAAACGAAUACUACGACUGAUAGUGCUGUCAAUGAAACUAGCAUAUCCGAGGAUGCUUUUUCCUCAAAUUCAAAGUCAUCUCCAGAAUCAGAGAAUGGGCUGACUGCCUUAUUUUCAAUACGACCUACUGUUCGAUGUUCAAGUGAACCACAAGAACAUCAGCAGCCACCUGCGACAGAAGAGGAGCUAACUAAGGGGAAGAAUGAGCAGUUCAAAAAGUCAAAAGCAUAUAGACUUGUAGAUAGUGACAGUUGCGAUAUUGUUGUCGUGACCGCUGCUGCUAACAAACAAAUGUUACUGAAUGAUGGUCUGCGCGUUGCAUCGCCGGCGGCUAAUACAUAUUCUAUACCGUCUAAGGCGAUAAGCAUACCUAAACAAGCACAGCAGCAUCACUCGGUAGCCUCCAAAUUUUCGCUGAUCAACAGCACCUCAGCCCCACAGUCAAUAAUUUAUAAGCCUUCCGAACCUCUUACCCCACCGCCUAUUGCGUGUAGAAAAGUUGAUGAAACGCAUUCACGGAUACGCAGUUUCUCACUUUCCCAUAAAAUUCCAGCCAACCAACCACUUUUAAAAAAUGGAGAGCUUGGGAAAAUGAUCAUUGAAGAUGGAAACGCAUUACGUUGCAUUGAAGACGACGAAACAUUGACAAGACACAACUCGACUGGUAGUCACUAUUUACAGAUGAUGUCAGCACAACAUUCGGCAACUACUAAUCCACUAUUGCACAUGACUCCCAUGAUAAGUGCCAGCGGUCGAAGGCGAACUAUAAGUUCCAAUAGCAAUGGGGCUGGUACCCGUGAAGUGCACAAUAAGUUGGAAAAAAACCGGCGUGCACAUCUCAAAGAAUGCUACGAGCAGUUAAAAAAUCAACUCCCAUUAAAGGAAGACGAACGUAAAAAGACGUCAAAUUUGGCUAUACUUGGUGAAGCAAUUAAAUAUGUAAAAACUCUUAAAAAGAAAGAUCAGGAACUUGAAGCUGAAGUAGAACAGUUAGCAAAAAUGAAAAUAAAUUCACAGCUUAAGCUUGUGUCAUUAAAACGAGAACUGGGUCCAAAGUAUGAGCAAAUGUUUCCAGGUCCCUUUUUGGAUUUUGAUUUGAACAAUUGCGAAAAAGAUAAUUCAAAUGAAACCCGGUCUCUUUCGUCUGGACGUGGAAGCAUACUUUAUAGUUCGUCAAGCUCGUUAUCAAGCGGCGGCAGUAAUGGAAGUACGACGAUGUCCUCACCAGUCGGCGCUAGUAUGCCCCAGCCCUCUGCUCUAUCACCUGUGAUAUCUAAAGCUUGCAUAAAUAACAAUAUUUCGAGCAGUGUGAAUGGCAACAAUAGCUCUUCCAAUAUUAAUGUGGCUACAAAGUCUCCCGCCGUAUUUGAACACAAGCAACAGCAGAUUAAGUCAUCCGCUUCAAUAUCAGAUUAUACUAGUCCAACCGGUACGUCACCUACAAAUACAAGUGUUGCAUUGGCAAACAGAAGUAUUACAAAUGUAAGCAAUGCGGCGCUUUCGUUGACAGCUAAAAACAUUUCGGCUAUGUCACUUACACGUGACUCACCAACACCAUCAACUCCAUCUCCAUCACCGUCAUCUUCGAGUUGUGUUUCAUCGUCAUCAUCUUUAAUAUCAUCAUCUCCGCCACGUCCUUUAAAUGGUAUAAUUAGCGGACGGAGUGUGACAGUCAGUAUUCCAAAUAAUGUAAAAUUUGCAAGCUCUGGGCUUGGUACUAGUCGAGUAAUAGCUCCGGUUACAGCAUCAACCAUUGUUAAUGCAACAACAUCGACAACAACGACCAUAUUAUCGGCAUCUUCGCCCAACAAUGGUGUUAAUUCUACAAAUAAUGCUAUAAUGCUCCAAGCUUUACGGGGAUGCCAUUUAGUGUGAACCAUGUUCGUGAAUUAUCCCUACGAGCGUAAUGUCGGCCGUAUUCUCAAUCAUAGAUAUCAUAUUCGGCAUUCAAGCAUAUACCAACAGAUGAUAGAAAAUCGAAGAAAUACAGAAUGCAAAAUUUAAUGAUAAAAAGAUGCUAUUCCAAUAGAGGGUGUCACUAAAAACAAAAUAAGUAAAUAUUCAUACAGAUGACAAGAAAAACGUUAAAAUUUACACCCUUAGAAAUACACAUACACAUACAUACAUAAAUAAAUAACAUAUUUGUGCUACUGUCUUAAGAUCAAGGUGUGUAUAAUGAAAAGCAGAAAUUGCUUAAACUUCAAAAUACCAUAUUCUUUUAGGUCUCACAUAGACAAAGGUCGAAUAGCAAGAUUUUCUGUAAAGUGAAAGCCAAUUUAAAGUUUACAUGUGCAAUAUAACGAAUAGCAGCAGUGAACAACGACUAUCAUCGACAAUAACAGUCGAUAUUGUACAUACAUACGUAUAUUGUUUGUAAACGUAAAUAACCACGAGAUGAAGAAACCUCAAUGGUACUGUGCAUUUAAAACGACUGUUAUCCUGGAUACAAACAUGGUUUAAACUUGCCAGUUAAUAUCUUAAGUUUAAAUAUAAUGAGAGUAUGCGAAUAUUGAAUUUUACUUGCAAGGAAAAACAUUGUGUUUACAUAAAUUAUUUAUUUACUGGAUCGUCAUUAAAAAUACAAAACGUUAUAAUAAUUUUUCAUCAUCUUUGAUAUCAGGCCUGAAUAAUACUGUAUUGCAAAUUAGCCAUUAUUUUGGUACAAUUAAAUAAAUUAAUUUGUAUGCAAAUUAUACAUAUUUGGUCAUCGUUAGCAUAUAGUAUACAUACGUAUGUACAUACAUUACCUCAAUGAUAAUUGUAAUUAACGAGGUUCGCAUCCAUAAUUUGGAAUAUAUAUGACACCACCGUAAGUAAGCGAUUCAGUAGCUGAUGAUAUGUCGGCGGGUAGAAACGCAGUUGCAACAAGAACCACCAAUGGACAAAAUACAAAUUUACUCUUAUUUUUCUAAUAAUAUCUACUUAUAUCUGUCUAUGUACACCAUUAAGACCAACGUUAAUGAGUAGAAAACAAUAUCUAUUGCAUUAACGGUCUCCACAAUAUUCAUGUUAUUAUACGGACACAUACCAUGUACAUUUGUACAAAUUCGUAUGCUACUGAAUUUUAUCGAAACUCGUAAUAUACAUAUAAACAUAUACAUCAUUUAAACAAUAAAUGUUAAGAAACACGCAUACGUAUGUACAAUUGAAACAGAUUUGAAAACAAAAUAACAUAGAGAAUAAAGGUCUUAGAGUCCCGCACUAAUAAAAAUUAACUUUCAAUGCAUAAUUAUGUGUUAUAACUAAUAAGGCAGGGCAAAUAAUUAAGUGGCAAAAAAAAAAAAAAAAAAUAAAUAAAUAAAA